CUUCUCAAAAUUUCCCAGAGCCCAUCGCCCACCCGACGACGACGACGACGACGACGAGGACGGAGACGACAAAGACAUCGAGGACGACGACAGAAACUCGGACUGCUCGCGAAACAUUAACAACCCCUAAUGUUUGCAUCGCCCUAGCACUCUUGUCGCGCCGACUUUUCGCCUUCCCUCCGAGCACCGUACCAAUUGCUUGCGGACUACGAUCAUGACCCAGCGGCGAAUGCGCAAAUCCAUCAACAUCGAUUCCUGCCGGUAGACUUUACUCUCGACCGAGGCCUUGACUCACCCGACGCCGCCACCACCACCACCACCACCACCACCACCAAUUUCUCGUCCCACCAUACCCGACAAGCGCAGUCAUUUGAAUCCCAGUUUCAGCCCCCAUCGCAAUGGCGACCACAACCACCGUGACUCCGGUCAAGUCCCAGCUUGUCGACAAGCUGCCCAAGCGUUUCAAGGGUAUCAAGUUUGGCAUUCAGUCCAACCAGGAUAUCGCGAACCAAGCUGUCCUCGAAGUCUCCGACCGCCUCCUCUACGACAUUGAGAAGAACAGGGCACCCUACCAACAUGGUCCACUCGACCCUCGUCUCGGUACCUCGAGCAAGACGGGGAAAUGCGCAACAUGCCAGGAGUCUCUCCAGAACUGCACAGGCCACUUCGGUCAUGUCAGGCUUCCUCUGCCGGCCUUCCAUAUCGGCUACUUGCGCUUCGUCAUGAUGAUAUUGCAGGAUAUCUGCAAGGAUUGCGGCAAAGUCCUCCUCACAGAGUCUGAGAAACGGGCCUUCUUGAAGGAGCUCCGACGACCACUUCUGGACAAUCUGCGACGGUCCCAGAUUUGCAAACGCAUCAACGAGCAGUGUAGAAAGGUCAAGAACUGCAUGUACUGCGGUUCCGUCCAGGGUCAAAUUAGAAAGGUCGGCGUCCUCAAGCUGGCCCACGACAAGUUCGUCACAUACAACAAGUCCACCUCGGCUAAGAAGGUGCCUCCCGAGAGUAAAAUCAAGUUCGACGAGUCGUUCAGCGAGGCGAGGAAGAACAAUGCCGAGUUGGACAAGCAUUUACGCAAGGCCAUGGAGGACAUGAACCCUUUGAGAGUACUCAAUCUUUUCAAAAUGAUCAGUCCCACCGAUUGCGAGCUUCUCGGCCUGGAUCCCGCGGAAGGCCGUCCCGAGAUGUUCAUCUGGCAGUUCCUCCCUGCGCCCCCCGUGUGCAUCCGACCCUCGGUCGCCCAAGACAAUGCCAGUAACGAGGACGAUAUUACAACAAAACUCGCCGAUAUCGUAUGGGUCAGCGGCAUGAUCCGCUCGGCGCUGCAGAAGGGCUCGCCAGUACAGACCAUCAUGGAGCAGUGGGAGUAUCUUCAACUCCAGGUCGCCAUGUAUGUCAACAGUGAUGUACCGGGCCUGCAGCAACCGGGAUUCGGCAAGGCUGUACGAGGUUUCUGCCAGCGGUUGAAGGGAAAGCAGGGUCGAUUCCGUGGCAACCUGUCCGGAAAGCGUGUCGAUUUCUCCGGACGUACCGUCAUUUCGCCCGAUCCCAACCUUGGUAUCGAUCAAGUUGCUGUCCCCCAGCUUGUCGCCAAGAACCUGACGUACCCGGAGCGAGUGUCGGAUUACAACAUCGAGAAGCUGAAGGAGUGCGUUCGCAACGGACCCAGCAUCUGGCCGGGUGCUCAACAAGUCAUCAAAAAGGACGACGGAGGUUACAAGAUAUCGCUGAAGUUCGGUAACAGAAACCAAGUCGCCCAAGACCUCAAGAUCGGCGAUGUUGUCGAGCGUCACCUGGAGGACAACGACAUCGUCCUCUUCAACCGUCAGCCAUCCCUUCACAAGCUCAGUAUCAUGAGUCACUUGGUCAAGGUGCGACCUUGGAGGACAUUCCGCCUAAACGAGUGUGUUUGUGGCCCGUACAACGCAGAUUUCGACGGAGACGAAAUGAACCUCCACGUUCCGCAGACAGAAGAAGCCCGAGCCGAGGCCAUUAACCUCAUGGGUGUCAAGCACAACUUGGCGACGCCGAAAAACGGAGAGCCCGUCAUUGCUGCCACGCAGGAUUUCAUCACGGCUGCUUAUCUCUUGAGCAGCAAAGACAACUUCUUCGACCGCAAGACGUUCACCUACAUUUGCAUGCACAUGAUGGAUGGCAAAGUCCACCUGGACUUGCCUCCCCCCGCCGUCUUAAAGCCCAAGGCUCUGUGGACCGGCAAGCAAGUCUUCAGCAUGAUGAUGCGUCCCAACAAGGACAGCCCGGUGAAGAUCAACCUGGACGCCAAGUGCAGAGAGUACAAGGCCAGGGCCGGACAGUGCCCCGAUAUGGAUCCCGAAGACGCAUGGUUGGUUAUUCGCAACUCCGAGGUCAUGUGCGGCGUCAUGGACAAGUCAACAGUUGGUGACGGUAAAAAGGACUCGGUCUUUUACGUCAUCCUGCGAGACUUCGGCCCAGAUGCGGCAGUCGUUACGAUGAACCGAUUGGCAAAACUCUGUGCUCGGCACCUGACCAACCGUGGCUUCUCUAUCGGCAUCGGUGACGUUUUCCCCACAGAGAAGCUGUUGGACAAGAAGCGCACUCUCGUCAAGAAUGCGAGUAUCGAGGUUGACGUUCUGAUCGACAAGUACAAGAAGAACAAGCUGGAGAAGGCUACAGGCUGUUCGAUGGAGCAGACCCUCGAGAACUCCAUCUCGGGUCUUCUCAGCAAGCUCAGAACACAAGCCGGUUCCCACUGUAUCGAGACGCUUAGCAAGAACAAUGCGCCGCUGGUCAUGGCCAAGUGCGGAUCCAAGGGUUCGAAUAUCAACGUGGCGCAAAUGGUUGCGCUUGUCGGACAGCAAAUUAUCGGUGGCAAGCGUGUUGCCGACGGUUUCCAGGACAGGACACUUCCCCAUUUCCACAAGAACGCGCCGCAACCGCCAUCCAAGGGUUUCGUCGAGAACAGUUUCUAUUCCGGUCUAUUGCCCACCGAGUUUAUCUUCCACGCCAUGUCUGGACGUGAAGGUCUGGUCGAUACCGCUGUCAAGACAGCCGAGACAGGAUACAUGUCUCGUAGACUGAUGAAGUCUUUGGAAGAUCUUUCAACCCAAUACGACGACACAGUACGGACUUCGGGCGGCGGUAUUGUUCAGUUCCAGUUUGGUGCUGACAAACUGGAUCCUGUCGACAUGGAGGCCUCGGCGAAACCUGUCAACUUUGACCGAACCUUUUCCCACGCUGAGAACCUCACCUGGGACAACAAUGAACGGGCCUUGCUUCCCGACGAAAUUGUCAAAUACUGCGACAACAUGCUCUCCCGGGAGCGGGCGCGCUACCCCAGGAAGUCUCUGCUGGGCGAUCUGACUCUCGACUACGACAACGAGGAGGAGAGGUACACCGACGAGCACGAAGGCGCACGAGAUUUCUUGCGAUCUCUCGAGUCUUACGUCGGUGGCCGAGCCGAGAAGCUCCGUCGCCUGAUGGAGAUGACCGGGCUCACUGCGACAGCCGACAGCAUGGACGUCGAUGUCGACGAGGACGAGAUCAGGCACAAGAAGGCAUUUGCUGAUAAGGUUGCCAAGAUGUCGGAGACGACGUUGAAGCUCUUCAUCCGGCUGUGCUUGGAGAAGUACAAGAAAGCACACGUCGAGCCUGGGCACGCCGUGGGGGCCGUCGGCGCGCAGUCCAUUGGUGAGCCAGGAACGCAGAUGACAUUGAAGACCUUCCAUUUCGCCGGUGUCGCUGGUAUGAGUAUCACACAGGGUGUGCCGCGUAUCAAGGAAAUUAUCAACGCGUCCAAGGUCAUCAGCACUCCCGUCAUCACGUGCCCGCUGGUGCAGAACAGGGAGAUGACGGCCGCUCGAAUCGUCAAGGCUCGUAUCGAAAAGACCUUUGUCGAGGACAUUCUGAGCUACAUCGAAGACGAGUGGUUCGCGGAGUCGGGAAGCGUCGUACUGAAGGUGGACAUGGAUGCUUUGUCAGACAUGCAGCUUGGCAUCACGCUGGGCGAUGUGGCCGAGGCCAUCUGCAAGCACAAGAAGAUGAAGGUGUCCAGGUCUGAUAUGCACAUCGGCGCGGGUCGAAUCGAGAUCCGUGUCCGGCUGGACGAGUCGGCCGCCGCCAAACGGGCGAUCAAGGCGAAGCCAGUGGACGAGCUUGGCGACCUUUUGGUACGGGCCAACUACCUCCGGCGAACGAUACCGACGGUGGCCAUCUCGGGCUAUCCCGAGGCCACUCGUGCCAUCAUCCAGACGUCGGAGCAGGAGACACACACCGUCCUGGUGGAAGGAUACGGGCUUCUCGCUUGCAUGAACACGGAAGGCGUGGAGGGACGGAGAGUCAAGUCGAACAACGUGAUGGAGUGCCGAGACGUGUUGGGCAUCGAAGCCGCGAGAAGCACGAUCGCUUACGAAAUUGGCGAAGUUAUGGGAGACAUGAACAUCGACCCGCGUCACAUGCAGCUGCUCGCAGAUGUCAUGACGUACAAGGGCGAGGUCCUCGGCAUCACCAGAUUCGGUCUCUCCAAGAUGAGAGACAGCGUUCUGCAGUUGGCUUCAUUCGAGAAGACGCCAGACCAUCUUUUCGAGGCUGCGGCUGGCAUGAAGACAGACCAGAUCGAAGGUGUGAGCGAGUGUAUCAUCAUGGGUCAGACGAUGACGGUGGGAACGGGUGCGUUCCAUGUGGUUCGGCGGCUUGCGCUGGAAAAGGGAGACGUUGGGCAGCGCAAGACGGCGUUUGAAGAUGCGUGGGCGGCCGAGACGGCGCUGAAGAAGAAGUCGCGACGAAACAUUUAAGGGAGGAAAUACGGCGUUUAAUGUCAUCACGCGGAAGCACGGCGUCCAUUAGCACGAGGACUGUACAUUUUGUAACGGGUCCCAGGGAGGAGUUGAAUUGCGUUAGCUUUUUGAACAAUGGUCAAUUGAGACGAAGAGCACAGAGACAUAUCGACCACAACGUCGCCUGUUUAACUGUGUCCGAUGGGCGCCGGGGUUUCUGCAAAUGACGGAGCCAGUGCUGCGGUGAAGGACAUGUAAAACUCAAC